AUGCCACAGAAGGCGUUAAGGGUGAAGAUCGCCAAGUACGACUUGAACAACGUCUUCAAUGUCAACGAGGCUGUGUACUUCUGCAACGCUGUGUCAAGGGUUUCGGUCUGGUUCGGGGUUGCACCUGCGCUCAAGGUGAACAAGGCGCACAUGACGUUCGAGUCCAAGAACCCACGUUGGUUGCCGGAGAAUCCGGAGGACAUGGACUACCUCGGCACCAGCAAAGGCUGGAUGACGACCAAGGUGUUCCGGAACUGGCUCGUCGCGCUGACCAAGAUGAUGAAGGCUGCCGACCGCAUGAUCCUGCUGCUGUACAACAAUGCGUCAGUGCACAAGGAGCAGGAGGAAGAGCUGGCGCACGUGGAGAUCGCCAGGCUGCCGGCGAACACCACGGCGCUGCUGCAGCCGAUGGAUUAA